CCGCGUGCCUGUUCUGCUUGAUUGAAAACGGCGGUAAUACACAAAAGCCGGUGUUGACACUUUGAAAACAAACAUGGGAAGAAGAGGCAGAUCGUCCGGCGAUGGGGUAGCAGCUAACCCCCCUAAAAGAACAAGGCAUAGAUACAACCUAAGAGCGACUUCGAGCAGAGCUAAAAGAGAUAAGUUACUUGGGGGAGAACAAGAUGGUAGAAGAACUGUCAUCUCAGAUGAAGAGUUCCGUGAAAAAAGUGUUGCCCUUGCUGAGGUAAAAGAAGGUUCAGCACUGACUGUUGAGUCAGUAGAUGUACUCAAGAAGAAGAAUCAAGAGGCCCAUCACACGAAUGAUUUUGAACUAGAUUACCUUGUUGUACGUCGUGGUCAGGCAUUCUCAUUUCAGAUGAAAUUUGAUCGAAAUGUCAACAAAAACCAAGAUCUCAUUGUCGUUAAAUUUGCCUAUGGUGCAAGGCCUCAGGAAAGCAAAGGUACACUAAUUCGUUUGCGAGUUGACCUUACUGAUGGGGUUGAAUCUAUAGAAGGAUGGGUAGUGAAGGUUGAAGACUUGAAAGAUGACACACUGACACUGAGUGUCACAUCUGCAGUGGAUUCAAUGAUCGGGAAGUACGAGCUUCUAUACGAGACAAAGUUGAAGGGCAGCGAGAAAGACUUUACAAAGCAGGACCUGGAUACAAACUUUUGUGUGUUGUUUAAUCCAUGGUGUAAAGCUGAUGUUGUCUAUAUGGAAGAUGAAGCUGGGAGGAAUGAGUAUGUUCUCAAUGAAACAGGCAGAAUUUGGAUCGGCUCUGCCAGAUUAAACUAUGGCAAACCCUGGAAUUUUGGACAGUUUGAGAGUCCAGUUUUAGAGGUUGCUCUUGGUUUAUUGGACAAGGGAGAGUUAGCAGAUACUGGACGCAGCAGCGUUAUCUCUGUAAUCAGAUGUCUGUCUGCUUUGACCAACAGUAUGGAUGAUGAAGGAUUAUUGGAGGGAAGAUGGACAUCAGAGUACCCAAAAGGAUGUACCAAACCCUGGGAGUGGACUGGGAGUGUUGCAAUUAUUGAACAGUUCUAUGAGACAGGAAAGCCUGUUCUAUAUGGUCAGUGUUGGGUGUUUUCAGCUGUGUUUACAACAUUGCUCAGGUGUUUAGGAGUUCCAACAAGGUCAGUGACCACUUUUGAUUCAGCCCAUGACACAGACUGCAGUAUGACCAUUGACAAACACUUUGAUGAAGAUGGGGAACCAUUGGAGGACUUAGAUGACUCUGUCUGGAAUUUCCAUGUUUGGAAUGAGUCAUAUUUCAGACGACUAGAUCUCCCGUCUGGUUAUGAUGGUUGGCAAGCUCAUGAUGCUACACCCCAGGAGGCUAGUGAGGGAGUGAUGAGGUGUGGGCCAGCCCCAUUGAAGGCUAUCAAGGAGGGACAUGUUUAUCUCAAUUUUGACACAGCCUUUAUUUUCUCAGAAGUGAAUGGUGAUAGAAUUCAGUGGACGGUUAACGAGGAUGGCAGUAUGGAAGUAUUUGAUAUUGACAAGUACUCUGUAGGCCAUAACAUCAGUACAAAAGCUGUUGGUUCAGAUUUAAGGCAUGAUCUAACACUGGACUAUAAAUACAGGGAUGGAAGUGCUGAAGAACGAAGGGUUGUGGAGUUUGUGAAUAGGUUCAGUACUGAGAGAAAGAAGAAUAUAUACAAAAAAGAGCAGAAGAAAGAGCUGGAGUAUGACCUCAUUCUACCGGAAGCUGAAAUUGGAAGUGAUCUCAGUGUCGGUGUGAAGGUAAAGAACAUCAGUUCGGAGGACAGAAAUGUGAGAGUACGCCUGACUAUCGCAUCCACCUUCUAUACAGGGGUUGUUGGGAAGAAAGUGAAAGGAGAGCUGUUCGAAGUGGCUAUUGAAGCUGGAGCUGAGAAAGAUGUCUUAAUGUCGGUGUCAGCAGAGGAAUACAUAGAACUGAUGAAUGCUGAAGCUAUCUUCAAACUGACAGCUGCUUGUAAAGUGGUUGAGACAAAACACAUGUUUGCUACGAGCGAACCUUUCACCCUCAAGAAACCAGGCCUCACAUUUGAUGUACCACAAAAGAUCUGCUCUUCAGUUGAAACAACUGCCAAACUGAAAUAUAAGAACAUGACUGGUCUCAAACUACACAACUGUGUGUUCCAUGUGGAAGGUUCAUACAUCAUCAAAGCAAAGACAAUACCUUACAGGAAAGUGGUACACCCGGAUGAUGAGAUCUCUGUUGAUAUUGUGAUGUUUCCACGGCGACUAGGACAACGUACUUUUAUGGCAACUUUCUCCUCGGACGAGCUUGCAGACGUAGAAGGGGAGGGAAGUGUGUAUGUCGUCAGCAAGUCUGAUUGGGAAGAGGCCAUGGAUGAGACCGAUGGAGCAGGGGGAGAUGCUGAUCAAGGAGGAGCUACUGAUUCAGAUGCACAAGACAAACCUACAGAGGCGGGAGAGUAGGGAGGAGCUAAUUUAGAACAGGAUGGAGAUGCGGGUGGAGUCAGUGGAGAUGACUGAUGUGUAUAGGGGGGAAAUGAUUAUGGUUUAAAUAAUAAAUACUCCACAACAUGUUUAUCUAUAGUUCAAUCAAUUUACAUUCUUGAAGCGUAACUGUAGUUUCAUUUAAAUUUUAAAGUUUUACAACUUGUAGAAGGAGUUUACCUUAGUUAAUGAAAAUAGCAUAAUUAUGUAAAUUCAUAUCAUGUUUAACUCAUUUAUUUUCAUGAAAAGAAAUGUAAAAUAUUUUUACUUUGUCAGAAUCUGAAUAAUUAAGAAUAUUUUACAGUUGACUUUCUGGAUUAUAAUUUGAUAUACCUAAGUUUUUUUGGUUUUUUUUAUGCCCCCGAAGGGAGGCAUAUAGUUUUUGAACCGUCUGUCGGUCUGUCUGUCAGUCUGUCAGUCUGUCCGCAAUUUUCGUGUCCGGUCCAUAUCUUUGUCAUCGAUGGAUGGAUUUUCAAAUAACUUGGCAUGAAUGUGUACCACAGUAAGAUGACGUGUCGCGCGCAAGACCCAGGCCCGUAGCUCAAAGGUCAAGGUCACACUUAGACGUUAAAGGAUAGUGCAUUGAUGGGCGUGUCCGGUCCAUAUCUUUGUCAUUGAUGGAUGGAUUUUCAAAUAACUUGGCAUGAAUGUGUACCACAGUAAGACGACGUGUCGCACGCAAGACCCAGGUCCGUAGCUCAAAGGUCAAGGUCACACUUAGACAUUAAAGGUCAUUUUUCAUGAUAGUGCAUUGAUGGCGUGGUGCAUUGAUGGCAUGUCCGAUCCAUAUCAUUGUCAUUCAUGCAUGGAUUUUAAAAUAACUAUGCAUGAAUGUGUAACACAGUAAGACGACGUGUUGCGCGCAAGACCCAGCUCCGUAGGUCAAAGGUCCUAAACUCUAACAUCGGCCAUAACUAUUCAUUCAAAGUGCCAUCGGGGGCAUGUGUCAUCCUACGGAGACAGCUCUUGUUUAAAGAUACAUUUAUACAGUUUAUAUUGAAAUGUAUAAUUGAUAUUGAGAAAUAACAAAAAGGUUACUGUAUACAUUUUGUAACAAAGGAUAUAUGUCUUGUUUAUCAUUUCAGAAGCAUUCAGGACACUACUCCUUUUGAAUAAGUACUAUUUGUAAUGCCUUUUAAAGAAAGGUUCUACUUAAAAAGCUAAAAGCUACUUUUUGAGAAGACCUCAUUCAUUUACCACAAAAAUGUGAAUACAUUUCUUUAAGAAGAAAUAGUUUUACUAUAAAAUGUAUAAUGAAGUUAUUUCUGCUAUAAAAUUGUUUAUAUUGUAAACACCAAAGAUUUUGUUAAUUCCGUUUUGUCUUCCAGUGUUGUUUAAAGGUAUGUUUUGUGUUGUAAGUUCUUUUAAGUUAAAUGUUUCAGAUGGAAAUAUGUGCGUGAGAUACAUUAUUUUUGUGCCAACAAGUAAAAGUCCCAUUGACAUUGUUAAUGUUGUCAGCUCCUGUUGUGCCACAUUGAAAACUGACAGGUUUGAGAUUGAAAUGAAUUGAAUUUGAAUUGUGGUACAUGUAUGAAGAUGUCAGUCAGAAAACUUCUACAAAACAAAAGUAAAGUAGGUAUAUUUUUUAAAAUGAAUGUGGACUUUAAUUCUGUCUUUAGUAUUCAAGGCAUAGGAAAUGAUAUCUAGAAUUCUGAAGUUGAUAUUUGAGCCACGCCAUGGGAAAACCAACAUAGUGGCUUUGCGACCAGCAUGGAUCCAGACCAGCCUGCGCAUCUGCGCAGUCUGGUCAGGAUCCAUGCUGUUCGCUAACAGAUGCUGUAAUUGCAGUAGGCUUUGAUAGCGAACAGUAUGGAUCCUGACAAGACUGCGCGGAUGCGCAGGCUGGUCUGGAUCCAUGCUGGUCGCAAAGCCACUAUUUUGGUUUUCUCACGGCGCGGCUCAUUUUAUUCUUUAACAAGUAAAAAGAUGGAUGUAACAGAAUACCUCUUAGUACAUGAAAUCCAAAGUAGUGCUGUAUUAAAUUUGCUGAGAUUAUUGUAUGAAUAAAAUGUUUUUAUAUAACUUGUGCUGCAUGAAUUUUCUGGAGAUUUCCUUACAAUUCAAAUCUAUUAUAUAAUGCAAGUGCUGGAUGAAAUUGCAGAGAUUAGCCCAUGAUUCAGAUCUGUUUACAUUACUUUUUGCUAUAGUGUUUUAGUAAGAUCUGUGUUUGAAUGAAAUCCAUUUAUGAUAACUAGUGCUGAACUGAAAUCACAGAUUUGUGUAAAAUUCAGUGUAUUAAUUUCAGUGAGAUUGGUGUAAGAUUCAAAUCCAUUUAUAUGUUUUAGAACCAUAUAUAUAUAUAGAGUUGACUGAGAUUUUGGCACCAUAGGAAUACAUUUAUAUUACCAGCCCUGUAUUAAAUGGACAGAAAUUUGCACUAAGUUGAUCAAUCUGUAUAUAGCUAGCACCAUAUUAAAUUCACCUUAAAAAUUAUAAGUACUGUAAUAUAUUCACUGAGAUUCUUGUACAAUUCAAAUCAUUUAGAUGAAAAUUCAUUGAGAUUUGUGUAUGAUUUACCCCUUUAUAUAAUAACUUUCUGAGAUUACUUUUUUGAUUUUAAAUCCAUUUAUUUUUGAAACUAAAAAUGUGUUGAGUUUACUGAGAUUAAUUUUGGAUUUAAAUUGAUUUUUCAUAACUAUAUUUCAACUCUUGAGAUACAGAUUUUUAUAUAAUUUGAAGUGUAUUGAUUCACAGAGGUAAAGGCUAGAUUCGAAUCAUUUUAUGGAAGGAAAACUGUAUAAAUUUACACAGAUUAGUGCUCUGUUCAAAUCUACUGAUGUAACUGACCCAUUAGUGUGUUAAAUUCAGUGAGAUAAAUGCUGGAUACUUAUCCAUUUAUACAACUAGAACUGUAUCAGUAGUAAGGCUCCCAAGUUUACACAUUUAAACAAGUCUGUCGUGUUCGACUGGUAAACACUUGCAAACUUUCUAUCCAGUUAAAGAAAAGGAUCACCCUUCCAACCAUCAAACUCUUUCACUGUUCAUAAACCUAAACAAAACAAGUGUUUUCUUCCUGUUAACGAUGUUAUAUGUCUCUUUAUCCGGUAAACAGUAAGCAGCCAUUUUGUGCACUUGUUUGAAAAGUGAUAAAUUCCAUUAUCGGGACGGAACCAUACCCCUUGUAAGAAGGUUGUAUACAGUGCUUAAUUUGAUUUGAUUAAAAUAAGUUGUUCCAUUUCGCAAUGCUUCAAACAGUGCCAAAUGUAGCAUGGAUACGUCAAAACAACCUGAGCUUGUGAAAAUGUUAAUAAAAAUUACCGUGAAUUUAUGAUGUUUUUUUUUUAAGUUUGAUUUGAGAAAAUAGUGCAUUUGCAAUUAUGGGCCCCGUUGUAGAAGGGAAAAACCCAGCCCGAGUCAUGACUGAAAAUAAUAAUUGAUUGCCUUUUAAACUGUAUCAUUUUGUGUUUUAAAGAUUGUGUUAACGUUUACAAAAAUCUGUAAAAGUGGGAGCCUUAAUCAAUAGAUUGGUGCUUGAAGUGUACCAAAUUCACUUAUUUGUGUUCACUUCAAGUCAGUUUAUAUAACUGUCACUGGUAGAGAGGCAUAUAAGAGAUUACUUACCGAGAUUAAGUCGCCAUAUGACCUAUAAUUGUGUCGGUGCGAUGUUAAACCCAACAAAAUAUAAUAGACUUACUGAGAUAUAGAGAUUGUAUUCUAGAGGUAGCAGUUUAUUCUUGUUUUCAUUUUGAUGACUUUUAGUUAGAAAAAAAAAAAGACACUGAAAAGACGUUAUGUUCUUUUGUCAUUGGACCAAGGUUUCGAAACCAGUUUCAAAACUCUAGCUUCUCGCUGGCUUUUUUUUUUACUAAGCUGAAAUCUGAAAUUGACCAAUGGCAGUGUAGCAAUGAGACUGGUCUCAAAACUGGGUGCCUGUUUAAUAAAACUCUGCUUUCAGAUGUCUGUAGUUCUAGAGAUUAUUUGAAACAACAUAAAACUUAAUUUAGAACAUUGCCUGUUUCAUAUUGGACAGGGUAGACUUGAAAUUUACACAAUAGUUGUCUCAUUUUAACAUUGUUUAUGUAUAUUACUAUAAAUUUAUUCACAAAUGAUAGCAAACUGCACCAUUUCUGUAUUAAUUGUUCAUUAUUUGUAACCAUUGUUGAUAUCAUGAAGACGUCUCUUGUACUAUGGAUUUAUAUAGGUCUGUAGUCUCUGCAUCAUUUUCUUUCAUAUCAUUACGAUUGUAUACAUUAUCAGGUAAACAUUUACUGUAAAUGUAUCGUAUUUUAUCAUUUUCCUUGGUAGUUGUAGUCCUUAAUUUCUACUAUAUCUGUACCCCAUGACACAUACCUCGCAUAAAGUAAGAAGAGCACAUAGACUGAACUAUUCUUGUAGAAAUAGAACAGUAAUUAAAUGUUCACUCAUUUUUUCUCAGUAAAAUCUCAUCUUGAAAUGGCAGAUUGAUCUGUACAGUUGCACCAGAUCAGCUGAAUGUUUUAAGUCUGACUCUUGAAUCUCUUAGUGCUAAACGGGGCUUCUGCAGCCGGAUGGUUACAGUAGCUGACUUCAAAAUUUGAAAUCUCACCAGCUGACAUGCCGACGGUAAGUGCUUUGACCAAGGUACCUUCAUGUACAAAAAGUGUUUUGAGGGGCAAGGAGACCCCAUCCUGCCACCAUUAAAGCCAGUGAAGUUGUCUACAUAUUCAAAUGUAAAUUGCAUGACUUAAAUUUCAACAGAAUGAAACAGUAAUAAAUUAUUCAGUUGAUUGUUUUUAUCCUAAAGUGAGAUUUCAAAUGAAAGUAUUUUCAGUGUUACCAUACUGCCUGUCAUUGCUCAGACCAAAAGGCAGCAACAGUUGUAUAUCAGGGAUAUGAAUGAAUUCCAUUCCUCUCUUUUGAGUGACUUAACUUUUUGUAGCUUGCAAAGCAAACUUAUAUAUCUAGAUUUGGUAAAUCAUUGCUUUUUUCAAGUCUGUAUAAAACUGUCAUUUUAAGAAAUUGCUUAUUUGCUUCUAUUUUUCUGCAUACAUAUCAACAUUUAUUCAUAAUUUCUUGUUUUCAUUUUUUUUUUCAAGGGUUAUGCUAUAAGUUUUCAAGCAUAACGCUAUUAUCUUAAGCUGUAGUUUUUCAGGCUUUGUUUUAUUACUUUUUAAAGCUUUGUACAUUUACAAGAGAAAGAGAAAAAAAUUAGACUGGUCUUGCCAUUGUAUAUGUUAAAUGCUCAUGAAGAUUGUGUAUUUUUUAUACCACAUCUGUAUAGUAGUCUUCAUGUAUUUACACUUUCAAAGUACAUAUAUUUCUUAAAGUGUUUUAUUUCCUGUUUGUCUUGAUAUUACAUUUACUUCAAAUCACUUAAUUCUGUAGUUCUGUAAAUUAUAGCAAAGAUUUAUAAAAUGAAUUUACAACUUAACUCCAACCAGUUAAAUACAUUUUAAAAUACUCUUUAAGUCUUUGCUCCAUAAUUGUCAUUUACUUGGUAAUGUCAUUUAUAUUGACUGAGUGCUGUGUAGUUUAUCUAUGGAAAUCAAAUAAUCCAAUCCGAUAACAGUGCUUCAACUUGUGAUUGUAAUAACCUACGAGGCAAUCGUAAUCAGGUGAUGUCUCGAAAUCAUGUGACUUCUUGUGUCUCUGCUCACUUGUGAGAAGAUUUUACUCUUCAACGUAGACAAAUGUUGCUUAUUCGUUCCUAUAUAGGAUGUUUGUUAAUAAUAUAAGUGUGUAACUAUUGUAGCUUUAGACUUGCACUCUAUUAUGUCCUCCCUAGAGGAAGAGUAGAUACUGUAAAAUGGUUCGUUUAAUGGGCAUGAAAUUUCAUGGCUUUGGCAACAAUUGCUAUUUCAUGGGGAUAAAAAUUCAUGGAUUGCAAAUUUUGAAGAUAGAGAAUUUAAUUCGUUUGUUGGGAUUUAAUUUUUGUUGAUUUAUACAAUUACAAAACUCAUAAAAGUAGUCCCCGUAUGAAUAUUAAUGAUUUCACAGUAUAUUGGUUUGGUCACAUUGGCCUGUCCUUCAGGAGACAGUUUGGUUUCAGAUGAAUAACUUGAAACUGCUUUGGUUUACAGUCCUCAAACUUCAAGGAUGAGAGUGUGCCUGUAUCAUUUUGGGGUCUGGGGUCAAAGGUCAAGGUUACUGACUAUUGUUUAUGAUAAGUUAUUAGAAAAUCCGAUGGUCUACCGAUUUCAAACAUAAUGGGAUGAUUGCUUGUGAUAAGUAGAUGAACCCAGUUGGUUUGGAGUCAGUAGUUCAUAGGUCUGUACUGCUGCAGUUUCUGAUAUGUAAUUGGAGAGUGCUUGAGCCUUCAGCCUUCGUAGGUCAGUAGAUGAUUUACGAUUUUUGAGGUCAGCAGGCCAAACGGUCAGUCAGGGCAUACUUUAGACUGAAAGUAACAUAACCAGUUACCUUCGAUGGGGAGUGGCGUGCAUAUGUGUUUUACAAACAGCUCUUUGUUUUCAUUAUCCAUGUAGUUGUUAUAGUUAGUGGCAAUAAUGUUAGUUUGCAUCAGUGCAGUUUGAUUUUUAAGGCAAUAUUUUUGGUUUUUAUGCUUUUUUUUUUGUUUUUUUUGCUUCAACUACAAUACUCUUCAAAACAAAUUGUGUUCAGGUUGUUUAAUAUUUGUUGAUUGUCUAAUUUACUAACUGAUCUCAAAAAUAAUAUUCUCUGGAAGAGUAUAUUCUAAAUUGUUGCCAUUUCAAAACAGCUCAUCUGGUCAUACAUUGGCACUUACCGAUCAUAAAUUGGCACAUAGGGAUAAAUUCCCAUUAGAUCUUGCUGCCAUACUUUUGUUAUAUUUUUAAGAAUACAUUAUGUAAUGCUAAUCACCUAUUUUAUCUAUUCAGUAUCAGGGUUUUCUUUAAUUUCUUCUUAACCCGUAACCCGCAAAAUUUCUAUAAUGAACUUGUCUAUCUUUCAGUUUGGACAGUACCAUUAACUGUUAAAAGGGGUGCUUACCAAAAAGAUACUGACUGAAUGGCAAACAGUGAAGAUCAUGAUCAGACUGCACUGAUGUGCAGGCUGAUCUUGAUCUACACUGGUCGCAAAGGCUGAAUAAAUCUUGUAUAAAUAGAUAAAUGAUUUUUUGGUUGUUGUCGUACGAUCUGCAGGACAUUGCCUUUAAAAAUUAAUGAUUUAUUAAAAACCUGUUUCUAUUCAAGAAACAAAACUUUGGCCUUAAAGUUAAUCUAAAAAGAAUUUCAGAAAGUGUCCUGAAGAUCAAGGAUAUGUAUUAUACCUGCAAAUUUAAAAAGAGAUUUUAGGGGGAAAACCUGAUGCAGAAUAGAUGAAGCAAAAAAAUAUUUGUAAAAAAAUGUUUGUCUGUUAAAACUUACUUGGAGAUUUCGUCAAUGUACGGUAAAAAUUGUUAAACGAUAAAAUUAUUUCUAUGUGAAGUAGUGGUAGAAAGUGCAUUGUGUAUGUGCAAAUCUUUUCCUUCUGUUUAACAGAAAACAAUAUUUCAUGUAAUCUUAUUUGUACACAGUUUUUGUUUUGAACUCCUAUUAAAAGUGUGAAACUUUCUUUUUUGUUUACACAUGUUUAUAGGUCACCUGGGUACAGAGUGCUCAAUGGUGAAUUAUUGUGAUCACUCACAUCUGUCUUCAGUCUCAGUUUUGUGUGCAUAUUGUUUUUAUGACCUGUCCCAAAAUCACUCGGCCAGUUUCAGUCAAACUUGAACCAAUUUUAUGUGAACCUCUGCCAAAAUUAAAUCAGAGAAUUCUAUUCUUUGCAGAACUAUGGUUGCCAUAGGAAUGGAAAUGAAAAACUUUAAAGAAUAAUACUGUCUGCAUUAAAAAUGAUUUUACAGAAAUGUUCCUUGGGUGACAUUGUAACAAGAUUAUUUAGAAUAAUCCAGUGAAUAUAAAAACAUGACUGCAUAGGACCUGGUCAUUUUUCCCUAUUGUUAUGCAUGAAGAAUUUUCUUGUAGAAACUGAUGUUCUGUUUUCAAAAUAUGGUUGCAUAAAAAUGCUUUGAAUGAAGUGGCGAUAGUUACUUUUCCAGUGUAAACUUGCAACAUCUUCACAAGAAUCUGCUAGUUUGAUUUUGAAACAGUUUACACACAUUUUCCAUGGGUGAUCCUUUACCAAAACUGUUCAAACCAUUUUGAUUUAUUGACGAAUUUGCCUCCUCCCCCCCUUCGGGUUUGGCUAGUUCUUCCAAUUGGACUACAUGGACAAUUUUUGAAAAUCUCUUAGGACUUUGCAGGCCUGUUCCAAAGCAAUUUGGUAGAAAUAUUUCCUGGAUGACUCUUCAUCAAAAGUUGCACCCUGUUUGAUCUAUGAAAUUCUGGUGGGUGAUUUAGGCUUAUUAUUGCCCUCUUGUUCACAUAUGUUAAGACUUUUGUAUUUUAUCUUGUAGUGUUUGGUAUAUUUAGAAUAAAAGUGUGUAUUGUAAUCUUGAA